UCAUUAAUAGGCAGCUGCAACAACAACAUGUUUGUUGUUCAAAUCCACCGCAAAUAUUGUAUUUCCCCAAGUUAAUAAGAUAUUAUAUUGCCAUUGCCAGCGGAUUGGAAAAAUGACAACCGACGAGACCAUUAUGGAGGAAAUGCUGGAUCGAGCAACAAAUCCGGCUAAGGAAAGGGCCGACGAGCUGGGCGUGCAAAUGUUCUGCAUUGUGGUACGCAGUCACGUUCAGCUGGUGCACAAGGCUCAGGAGAUGAUUGUGGCCAAAGUGCGGUCAGCAAACGUAACCGAAGCAACGCGAGCCAUUUCGCUGCUGGAGGAAUGCAUGACUCAGUGCGGCGAAGAGUUCCAGGACGAGGCGGGGAAGUUUCGCUUCCUCAACGAAUUAAUCCGUCUGGUGUCUAAAAAGUACAAGGGAGCCGAAACGCCGCACGAGGUUAAGCAGCGGAUUAUGGAGUGCCUGCUGCUGUGGACCACAGAGUUUCCGCAGCGUCAGAAAAUUCGCGAUGCCUACGACAUGCUGCGUAAGGAGGGUGAUAUCGAGCAUGGACAGACAGAGGCGGCGGUGGCCAAGCGGGAGAGUGUGCUGGGGACCAUCGACGAAGCCAUGUUCGCCAAACUGAUCAAGAGCAACAAUCAAGAGAACUUCAAGCGUGCGAAUCUUCUGCUGCAGUAUCGCAUGGCACAGGAGGCGCGACGCAACGAUCUGCUGUCCCAGCAUCGACUAAGCCUCUACGAGGUCCUCGAGACCAUGCAGCUGCUCAACCAAAUGCUGGACACCUACGAUCCCUCCAACAAGGAUGUUAGCGAGACUAUUAACGACCUCUACAAUAUCUGCAAGAAGCACAAGCCGAUCUUCCAGCAUAUGACACAGCUGCUAGACGACUCCGAUGCUCAGCUCAUAGCUGAAACAUUGGAUGCCAAUGGGGCGCUCCUGACGACAAUGCAACGCUAUAAGCAGCUGGUUCCCUCUCCAACAAAGACCACUGCCCCUGCUUCUGCUCCUGCCGAGACCACGACAACAUCAAAAGCAGCUAAAACAACAGGAACAAGUUCCAACAACGAAUUGCUAAUCAACGAACUGCUGGGGGAUCUCCUCAUCGGUAGUAGUGAAAACGGAGCAGAUUCAGAAGCUUCAUCUGGAGAAAAACCAAACGCUUUCACGAGUAAUUCCAGUUGCACGGCUCCUGCUACAGCCACAGCCGAUCCCCUGGCUGAUCUGAGUGACAUCUUCAGCAGCGCACUGGCUGAAAGCGAGUCAAAACAAUCGACUGAAAAAUCAUUCCAACACACCAGUUCAGGUAGCGGCGGCUUGCUGGAGCCUGAGGUGCUUAGUCAGAGCACGGCCACCGAUGGCCUGGCCAAUGGCUCCAGUUCCGAUUCCUCAAGAAAGCCAGGGUCGGCCCGGAAAAUGCCACAAAUUGAUAUGCUGAGCGAGGAACUCUUCCAGAAGAUAUUGCCCAGUCAAGAGAGGAUGAGCAGCUUCAAACGGGAUCCAGAGAAGGUAACCCUAAACGACAUGGCCAAAGAAAGGAUGCAGGUAAAGGCACCCGAGGUUGCACAUACACCGGCACAGGCACAACCAGUAGCAGCUGCAGAAGUGCUCACUAUAGCAGAGCUCGUUGAUGAUGUUCCUUUGCUAAGCAAUGCUCCCGUUACCCUUGAGCAGGAGCCGCAGAUGGAAGUACUGCCCACGCAAAAACAUCUUAGCGAGAUCAGCAUCGAAUUAGACAAUAUCCAGGCCACUGGUGAGCAGCGUGUGGUGCUCGACGACGAUGACAUGCAGCUCAGUUUAAACUUUACCAGCGAUCGGCCAGGCUAUCGUGUCUCGGUGAUUGUGAUAUCGGCACAGAACAAGAGCCGCCAGCCAGUCUGUGACUUUCAUUUCGAGGCGAGUGUCAAAAAGCCAUGCAAGGUGCGUCUACUGCCGCCCACAGAGAGCGCGAUGCCACCUCACAAGCCAUUUCGUCCAGCCACGCCUAUCAAUCAGGUGAUGCUGCUAUCAAUCCCACCGGCAAGGCCGUGGAUGUGACGUGCAUCGUGGGGUAUAAGCUGGGCGACGAUCCCGAUCCUAUCAAAGAGUCAAUUGUCGCCCAAGGCAUUGCCUACGUGGACUAAAACUUAAGCAAAUACAAAAAAGGCAACCCCCUCCCUCCCAAAUGGCUAUUGCUUUCCCUUUCCCACUCUUUCUCCCCGACUCUGUUGUUUCUGCGUCUCUGUGGCGGUGUUCCGUUCCCUCUUAUUUGUCGGUUUCUAUAUGUAUUUGUAUAUUUAUUAGGAUUUUAUUCAAAAUUACAUUUCACAUAAACGA